ACUUUGUUUCUUUUUUCUUUCUCUUUUACAACUUGUAAUAAGACAUUUAUAACUACUGGCUGAAAAAUCUUCAACGAUCACAACAACAUCAUCUCUCUCUUUCUCUCUCACUCUCUCUACAAUGGGCAUUAGUGAUCAUAAGAGCAAGAAAGAAGAAGAACAGUGCUGCUACUACCCAAUGAUCUCAAAGCCCUUGAGAUCGAUUCUCUUACAAAAGGGAAAUUUUUUCUUAAGCUCGCUCUUCUUUGUAGUAGGUUUCUCGGUUGGUCUCUUCCUUUGUCUGCAACUAAAAGCCUUCCACAUGUCUACGACGAACACACAACGACAACCCUUAUGGUCUACACUACUAUUCAACCACACCACAACGAUGGACAUCAUACAAGAGUUACCGCUACGAGCACUUCAACACAAUAUGACCGAUCAAGAACUAUUCACCAAGGUCUCGUCAUUAUCAUCACCACCAUCAUCCUUAUCAUCAUCAGCAUCAACAUCAUGGUUUGGGAGGAGACAUGAUAAUGACCGGAAGAUGGUGGUGAAGGUGGCUUUCAUGUUCAUGACAGGUGGCAGACUCCCACUGGCAGGCUUGUGGGAGAAGUUCUUUGAAGGACAUGAAGGGUUUUAUUCAAUAUAUGUCCAUACUAAUCCAUCUUUUCAAGAUUCUUUCCCGGAAACUUCUGUCUUCUAUUCAAGAAAAAUCCCAAGCCAGCCGGUGUAUUGGGGAACAUCAUCAAUGGUAGAUGCAGAGAAGAGACUACUAGCCAAUGCUCUUCUCGACGAAUCGAACCAAAGAUUUGUGCUCUUGUCCGAUUCUUGCAUCCCACUCUACAAUUUCACAACCAUCUACGAUUACUUAACCGGCACAAACCUCAGCUUCAUUGGCUCAUUCGACGACCCAAGAAAAUCCGGUAGAGGCCGUUACAACCCCAAAAUGUAUCCACAAAUCAACAUCACACAUUGGCGAAAAGGAUCACAAUGGUUUGAGACAACUCGAGAACUUGCCCUUCCUAUCAUCUUAGACACGUUCUACUACAAAAUAUUCGAUCAGCAUUGUAAACCGCCUUGUUACAUGGACGAGCAUUAUAUCCCAACUCUCGUUCACAUGUUGCAUGGUGAGAUGAGCUCGAACCGGACCUUGACGUGGGUCGAUUGGUCCAAAGCCGGUCCACAUCCUGGUCGGUUUAUUUGGCCUGAUAUCACCGAUGAGUUUCUUAACCGGAUCCGGUUUACGGACGAGUGUGUCUAUUAUGGCCGUGGUGGAGAGAACAUUACAACUUCCAAGUGUUUUUUAUUUGCGAGGAAAUUCACAGCCGAGACUUUAGAGCCUUUGUUAAGAAUUUCUCCUUUAGUUCUUGGUUUUGGUCCAUAAUUUACUUCAAAAUUGUGAGUUUAUUUGUUUUUUCAAUUAGUAAAUAUUAA